CUUUGAAUGUUUCGUAGGCUUGAAUCCAUCUUUUCGUUUGCAGUUCCAAAUCCAUUGUUUUCUCAGUUGUUCUUCCGUAGGAAAACUAAAUACAGCCACCUUCGGGCCAUUCUUAUAAUUUCCUUUGCAUGUUGCAACACAGCAUUUAUGUGGCAUAAUAAAAAAUAAAUAAAGUAAUUUAAAUGAAAAAUGUUCUAUUAGAGCACACUACACUUUCAAACAACAGUCAGUUCACUACGCUACGACACCGAAGUAUAUUCUUUCAUUCUUUGCCACGAGGAAGAUGGUAGGAAUGACGACUUAGAUGACGUCAGACCGUUCAAGCAACCCUAGAGGCUUGGCUUCGUAUAUAGGAGGUACUGUUCCCUCCCGAUCUGAAGCAGGUGACGGCCAUGGUAACAAGAAGGGAACCUAUACCAUCCACGAUAUCGAUGGCAGAGCUAGACGAGUAGACUAUGUAGCUGAUAAACUUGGAUUCCGUGCUGCCGUGAAGACCAACGAGCCAGGAACCGCUGCCAGCACUCCUGCUGCAGCCCUCAUUGCUAGCCCUUACGCUGGACCAUCUGUCGAUCACAUUGCCCCUGUUGCCACUGCAGUCUACGGACAUGCUGUUGCCGCUCCAGUUGUAGCUGCUGCUGCUCCUGUUGCAUAUGGAGGUGUCAUCGGACACGGAGCCGCUUUGGGUUAUGGUUAUAAUAUGGGAUAUGGAUAUGGAGCUGGUAUUGGCAAGGCUCUGAUCCAUUAAAAACAUAAAUUCGCCGAUCUCCCGUAGAGUUUAAUUUAUUAUUUUUAUUAUGUUAUGGUAAAUAAAUUAUUUUAUUCCCGUAAA